AUGGCUGGCCCUGGCGGUGGUCCUCCUCGUCGCAGUCACACCAAGUCUCGCAAAGGCUGUGAUACGUGCAAGCGUCGCCACAUCCGUUGUGAUGAGAGCUUCCCUCAAUGCCGCAACUGCACCAAGCACAAGAUCCGCUGCCCGUACAACGAUGUGCAGGUUCCUGAUGCAGGUCGCUCAACCACGCCAGACAAACCCGAUCUCAUGUGGACUCCCGAAAUCGAAGUCUGCAUUGCCGAAUGGCAAAGGACUGGCCAGUUCCCCUUUCCAUCGCUCAACAUCUAUCCAGCUCCCGUGGCGCAAGCGUUUUCCACUGAAGACCUCCGGUUGAUUCACCACGUUUCUUCGCUGUACGUUCAGCUGCAGACUUUCGGCGCCAACAACUUCACUUUGUGGACGCGCCACAUCCCGACCCUGAUCAAGAUCGGAGCCACCACUCCCUAUGUGAUGCAUGCGCUGUUGGCAUUUUCCGCCAUGCACCUGGCCUUCUUGACCGAUUGCCCUCUAGUCGGUAGUAUGGCUUUCGAGCAUAAGGGUAAAGCCUUGAGCGGUCUACAUGCGGCUAUUGGCUCAUUCUCUCGCGAUACGUCUGACGCCAUCCUUGCGGCAUCUCUGGUGCUGUCGUGGCAGGCCACGGAUUGGCGCAGCUGGACCCAGCUUAUGCAGGGUACUUCGACGGUGAUUGAUGCUAUGGAGCCAUGGAAGCAUGAGUCUGAGUUCACGGACUUCAUUGCUGAGAGCAGCACGUUCCCAACCGCUCCUGCUUCUCCGGACCCUGAGCAUAGGCCCACCCAGCCACGUAAGGACGACAUUGAGGCCUAUCAGCGGACCCUCGAGCAAGUCAUCAAGGUGGAAGCUCAUCUGAAGCACUACAAGGAAGACACCACUCAGAUGCAGCACUUGAUCAGCUUUCUCAAGGGUUCUCGUAAGAUCAGCCCCACUCUUUCCAUUGCCCAACAGUUUGAGCGCCUCCAGCCCCUGAGGACUUGGCUUUUCUGGGUUCCAGUCGGAUACCUGCAGUCUCACCAAGCCUCUGCCAACUCCCUGGUCGCCAUCGCUCACCUGUACACUGUGGCUUUGUUGAUGGAGCGUCUCUUUCCCGAGAUUGGUGCGGCCUACUUUGGCAGCCUGUCCAUGACCCCCAUUGAGGAGAUUGCUCGGCGGCUCAUGUCCAUCAACGUUGCGAGCACUGUCAAGGGCACCUACCAGACCCCGCUCACGCUCAUGGAAUUUCCCAUUGAUACCGUCAGUGAGUUCCGGUCUCGCAUGGGUUGGAUGAGUCCGCAGAGAACCCCUUCGUUCCCCACGUUCCACCCUCCCAACUUCCAUCAUCUGGAGGAGGUGCCACCAAUGAUCCCCGCAACGGAGUCCUACAUGCCAUAUGGGAACCCGGCUUUCAGCUACAGCGCUGAGGAGAUGCCAAUGCUCAAUAGCCCUGCCGCACCUGCUCCCCAUGGGUCGCUCAGUCCGCUCGUCAUCUCGUCUCCCUAUCCUCACCAGCAGUAUCUGAAUGUCCCCUCUCCGUCUUUUGGUGGCGCCUAUAGCCCGGCAUCUUCAACCUUUGAGGCCUCCAUUGCAUACAGUGAUUCGGAAGAGUAUGGUGCGUAUGACAUGCGAAGCUUUCCUCCUGGCCAAUCGCCCGUUUUCGAGGAUGCGCACUACAGCAGUAGCUACGGCGUCGGGUUCGUCUCUCCCCAGCAGCCCGUGUGGAUCUAG